AUGGAAGACUACUUCGCUGAGUUCAGCGACGCACGACGUUCGAAGGAUCCUCUGUGCUACGUCGGUAAUGCUGCGGCAUGGCGGAAUGCGGAUGCGGAAAGCAAAUCACCCUGCUCGAGGUGCGAACCAGAAUGGACCGCGGUUAAACAGGCAGAUCUGUCGUCGGUGUACGGCCAUUUAGGGCAGAAUGACUCCACGCCAUACGUAGAGGAGAGGGGAAGCGAAGUCCAUGAACAUGCCAACGUUUUUGCGGCGCAGGAUGCGAGCAGCGACUCGCUGAACGAGCUCUUACGAAACCUUGGUAUUGCCGCGACACUGACCGCCGGACGGGCAGGGACGAAGGACGACCACUGUAGCGAUGCAACGUCCAUUCCGGUAAAGCGUGUCCAAAGCGUCAACUUGGAAGGCAGCGUCGACUUCUUCAGAGAAUGGGGCGAUGAUGCGACACGGUUCCGCGAUGUCGACCCAUUCAAAUCCGUCGAUGCCAGUGAGCGUGAGCGAAGUGCCGCAUCAUCGGAUUGUAGCGGCAUGACCACGGACUUGGUAGGCGACCCUAACCAGAAAGGCGCGUAUUGCGCCACUGAGUGGGAUAAUGGCUGGUCAGUGGAUACAGUUGAGGUUGCCAGUGGCCAGAGUAAACCUGCACGCGACUCCAACCAGGAUGAAUGCCAUCAGGGCGCAUCAGUACGCGCAGGCAACCAACCGCAAGAUCUAUUUGGUGAUGUAUGGCUGAGCUCAAUCGGUAACAACGGCCCGAAUACGCAUGAAAUCAACGCCAGUAGUAAUGGGCCGUGCGGAGCAGGCGGCUCCGUGCUAUACACGCCAGGGGAAUUCCAACAUGAUUAUGAUCGCAAAAUGCACGCCAAUGCCCCGCGGAGACCUGGUAGUGACGAUAAACAGCUGCUAUUUUCCGAAUCGCUUGACGAAAUAGACCGUAUCAUGUCGCAACCCAGCACCGACCGCUCGAAAAAUAGAGCUAAGCAGGAACUCUGGGACACGUGGUUUGACGAACUGACGCCUCUGUCCCGCGACGGUGGUGUAACGGUCCCAGAAGAACCGGGUGAUGAUGUGGUGUCGCCAGAUGGCGGUGUGGACGAGUUCGAUUCGUUGAUGGACGAGUCGUUCCCCGCGUGGGCCAGCGUCAGAGAGGCGCACAAGAGCGACGCGAACACUGUAGCUGGAGACGGUGGUAUUGAUGCAGGUACCGGCCCAAUGUCGUCUGAACACACAGAUCGCGAGGAACUGCUCAUCAGGAGGGAGGUUGAUGAAUGGGCUUACACAGGCACGGGCGAGCUUAAGGACAUCCGAACGCUCCUAUUCACGCUGAAACAGGUGCUAUGGAGCGGCAUCACGUGGAAAGCCAUGGACGUCACCUCGUGCGUGUCCGACAAGGCCGCCAUCAAGAGGCACUACAGGCAGGCGCUGCUAGCGUGCCACCCGGACAAACACACAAAGUCCGACUGGCGAACCGCGCUCAGGGCGCAGCUGAUCACGCAGGCGUUGCAGGACGCCUGGGCCACGCUCGACUAA